GCUACCUCAGUGUCCUCGUUAACCAGUGCUGGAAGGAGCGCUGGUGUCGCCUGAAGGGCAACACACUCUACUUCCACAAGGACCGCACCGACCUGCGGACCCACAUGAAUGCCAUCGUCCUCCGGGGCUGCGAGGUGGUCCCAGGGCUGGGCCCCAAACACCCCUUUGCCUUCCGCAUCCUUCGCAACGGGCAGGAGGUGGCCGCGCUGGAGGCAAGCUGCUCCGAAGACCUGGGCCGCUGGCUGGGUCUCCUCUUAGUGGAGACAGGCUCGCAGACAGCACCAGAGGCCUUGCACUACGACUGUGUGGAUGUGGAGACGAUUGCCAACAUAGUGACGGCUGUGAGGCACUCCUACCUGUGGGCCAGUUCCUCCCAGGACCACCGGCCAGACUCCUCCCGUGUGGUGUACGAUGAUGUCCCCUAUGAGAAAGUUCAGGCCGAGGAGGAGCCAGGGCGGCCGGCAGGAGCCCAGGUGAAGCGCCAUGCCUCCUCCUGCAGUGAGAAGUCACGGCGGGUGGACCCACAAGUCAAAGUGAAGAGGCAUGCAUCAAAUGCCAAUCAGUACAGGUACGGGAAGAACCGGGCUGAGGAGGAUGCCAGGCGAUUUCUGACAGAGAAGGAGAAGCUGGAGAAGGAGAAAGCAUCGAUCCGCAGCGAGCUCGUGUUGCUACGUAAAGAGAAGCGAGAGCUGCGGGAAGCCAUGAAGGGCAGCACGGGGACGAAGCUGCAGGACCUGGAGCAGCAGGUGGCUGUGCUGGAGGAGCAGUGCCGGCAGAAGGAGGAGCGCCGGGUCGACCUGGAGCUCAAGCUGACUGAAGUGAAGGAGCAGCUGAAGCAGUCGCUGGCAGGAGGGCCAGCCCUGGGGCUGGCUGUGACCAGCAAGGCAGAGAAUGGGGAAGCUACAAGCAAGCCAAAUGGGAACCCACCUGAGCACUUGGUCCCGGUUAACUGUGCAGCUGAAUUGAGGAAAAGAAGUCCCUCCAUCCUCCCUGCCAACAAGGGAAACGUGCUGCGGAAGGCCAAGGAAUGGGAAAAGAAGCAGAGUUAA